UACUUGUUCUUAUUGCAGGUCGACGAAUCUUUGACUAAUAUCAAUCGAUUUGUCCCUUCAGUCAUCGAGCAUGUCUCAUCCGAAGCCAUCUCGGCUAUGCAAGAUGUUCCGGGAAUGGCUAUUGAGGUUGGGAAUGGUGGAUUGCUGGACACAACUUUAGGACUGCCCAAGCAGAUCUCAUCUGAUGCCAUCUCGGUCGCACAAGGUGUGACUACUGAGGUCCAGCAUGUUGGAGCGGUUGAAGAAGAAACGAAGAAGCUGAAAUACUUGGCCUUUGUGCAAGUAGCCAUUGUCCAUUUGGUUUUGUUGUUCAUCAACCUCUACACCAAACUAAAGCAAAAGUCAGGGCACUUGAAGCCUGUUCUUGAGAUAGUUGAAAGAAUAGUUAAAACUCUGCUUGGAAUGAUUUUCGAUAAGCUCUUUGAUACCCUUUACAAGCGACUCAAAUUUGUUGAUGACAAGGUCGGUGAACUUGUGACUAAAAUCGAUAGUCUUGUACCUUCAGUCAUCAAGCAGGUUUUAUCCAAAGUCAUCUGUGCUGCUCGAAAUGCUUUAGGAAAGACUGUUGAUGUGCUUAUCUCCUCCGGAUUCCUCCAGCAGAUCUCGACCAGCGUCGUCCCAGCUGCCAAAGGUGUGGCUAGUAAUGUCCAGCAGUCUGAAUUGAUUCCAGAAGAAAUACAAAUGCUGAUGUACUUGAAAUACUUGAAAUACUUUGUAAUCAUGCAAACACCUGCUCUCCGUUUACUCAAACUAUACUUUCUAGUUAAGAAAAUGUUAGGACCAUUGAAGCCUGUCAUCGACAUCAUCGAGAGAGUUGUCAUUAGCUUGUAUCACAAGUUUUUUGCAGACAUGGUUAAGAGCCUAGUUAAAUGGGUUCUCAUAAAGUUCUUUGGUGUCCCUGCUGAAAUUUUUGACAUAAUCGAGAAGGUUGGCAAUUUGAACAAGAUUGCUGAAUUGAGUAAGCUUGGAAAUUUCAGUAAGUUUAAUGCAUUAGGUAAGAUUGAAGAUGUGAGUAGGCUUGGUGAUUUGAGUAAUCUUGGAGAUAUGAGUAAUGUUGGGGAUUUGAGCAAGUUUAGCAGUUUGAGUAAGAUUGAUGCUCUUAUCCCUUCUGGAAUGAAGAUGGUCUCGACUGGUGUCAUGUCGGCUGCUGAAAAUCUUCUGGGAGUGAGCGGUUCGUCUACGGAGGUGCCGGAUGCUGGAGUGCUUAGCACUGCCGUGGGAUUCUUCAAACAAGCCCCAUCAAAUGCCAUCACAGGGUUCCAAGUUAUGGCUGAUGUCCAGCAUGCCGAAGCCACAACAAAGAUUGAUCUUGUUGCUCCGCUCUUCAAGCAGGCCUCAUCCGUGGCCACCUCGGUCGCCCAAAAGGCUUCCCGAGUGAUCGAUGGCGGCGAUACUGAGGUCCAGCAUACUAGACUGGUUAGUUCUCCCACAAGAUUCAUCGAGCAGUUCUCGUAUGGAGGCAUCUCGGCUAUACAAAGGCUCCCAGGGUGGCUCAGGGUCUGGCUUCUGCUGGAGUAGGCAGCGCCG